AUGUUCUUGUCUCGCGCGGUCGCGUUCUCUCAGCGAAGGUGUUUCUCCUCCACGCCCCUUGGGCUCUCGGGCCAUAACAAAUGGUCGAAAAUCAAGGAGAAGAAGGGCGCGAACGACGCUAAGAAAGGUGCCGCUCACGGCAAAGCGACUCGACUCAUUGCCGUUGCAGUAAGAUCUGGUGGCUCGCCGGAUCCCGCCAAGAAUAUCACGCUUGCGAACACUAUCAAGCGUCUGCGCGAGCAAGAUACGCCCAAGGACAUCAUCGAGCGAGCGCUCGCGAAGGCUGCGUCCGCAAGAGAUGCGAAGGGCGAGUACCUCACCUAUGAGGCCCUAGCCCAUAAUGUGGGGUUCAUGAUAGAGACCUUGACGGAGAAUCCGAAGAGGACCGUAGGACGCGUCCGGGAGCUCCUGAACGAGCACAACGCGCGUAUGGCGUCCGUCGCGUUCAUGUUCAACCGAGUCGGCCUUGUCAAAGUGGCGGUACCGAAGGAGGGUAUCACGAAUGACGAGGUGGCUUCAAAGGUUACGCAGGUCAUCGAGACGGGACUAGGAGCGGACUGUUUAGACUUCCAUCCAUAUCCGGAGAGCGAGAAGGAAGCUGUCAUAGACUUCACCUGCGAGCCGACACAGCUGGCGGCACUGGAAGCGGCGUUGGCUGCGGACGGCACCUGCUCAGUCAUCUCCGCUGAGCAGGCAUAUCUGCCGAAGGACGAGGCGCAGGUUGAAGACGAGGACGGUGAGAAGGUAGCCAAACUUGUGGAGGACCUUCGGGAGAACGAGGACGUGAUUCGGGUUACAACAACACUAGACUCACUUGGUUCUGGUAGUGAGGAUGAAUGAAGGUGAUUUCCCCGCUUU